AUGACAAAGCUCGUUAUUGCAAGUAAGGCCCCUGUGGUAGCCUACUCGGAGCUCAUUGCUGCCCGUCUGGUAAAUGCUGCAGAUCCCUCGAGUGUUGAAAUUGAGUUCACUGAGGACAAAAAGUCGCCUGCCGCUGCUUUCGAGGACAACUCUGAGUCUGUGCUGAAGCGUAUUGUGGACCGCUACCCUAAUGCUUUUGGCCAAAGCUCCGAAAAUACUUCGGAAUGGACCAAGUUUGCUGCUGAAGAACUCACUGUCAAGAACUUCGCCAAGCUUUCAGUCUCGUUGGAAAAGCUCGAUGCUUACUUGAACCUCAGAACUUUCAUUUCUGGCGCUCAGUCAUACUCGCCAUCUGAUAUUGCGUGCUGGGGCUCUCUCAGAUCGAACGGUAUGGUGGGCUCUAUCAUUAAGAACAAGGUCUACAUUAACGUCUCUCGUUGGUACACACUUCUUGAGCAAGUUCCUGAAUUCGGUACCGCUCACGAAUUUUUGACCAAGUCCGUGCAGGAGCUCAAGAAAUUGGCUUCUAGCGGUAAGAAGAAGGAAACUCACAAAGCGAAUUUCGAAAUCGACUUGCCUGAUGCCAAAAUCGGCGAGGUUGUCACGCGUUUCCCACCUGAACCAUCUGGAUACUUGCACAUUGGACAUGCCAAGGCCGCCAUUCUAAACCAGUACUUCGCUCAGGAGUACAAGGGUAAGCUCAUUAUCAGAUUCGAUGAUACCAACCCUUCGAAGGAGAAAAUUGAAUUCCAGGACUCGAUUUUGGAGGAUUUGGAACUUUUGGGCAUCAAGGGUGACAGAGUCACUUACUCCUCCGACUACUUCCAAGAGAUGUUCGACCUCUGCGUUCAGCUCAUCAUAGAAGGCAAGGCCUACUGUGAUGACACACCAACUGAGAGAAUGAGAGAAGAGCGUAUGGACGGCAUAGCAUCCGCCAGAAGAGAACGUUCUGUCGAAGAAAAUUUGAAGAUCUUCACAGAGGACAUGAAAAACGGUACAGAAGAAGGUUUGAAGAACUGUGUCCGUGCCAAGAUUGAUUACGAAGCCCUAAACAAAACUUUGCGCGACCCAGUCAUUUACAGAUGCAACUUGACUCCUCACCACAGAACCGGUACCACCUGGAAGGCUUACCCAACUUACGAUUUCUGUGUGCCAAUCGUCGACGCAUUGGAAGGAGUUACUCAUGCCUUGCGUACCAUCGAGUACAGAGACAGAAAUGCCCAAUACGACUGGAUGCUCAACGCUUUGAAAUUGAGAAAGGUUCACAUUUGGGACUUUGCCCGUGUCAAUUUUGUGAGAACUUUGUUGUCCAAGAGAAAGCUUCAAUGGAUGGUUGACAAGAACUUGGUCGCAAACUGGGAUGAUCCUAGAUUUCCUACCGUGAGAGGUGUUAGAAGAAGAGGUAUGACCGUUGAAGGUUUGAGAAACUUUGUUUUGUCGCAAGGUCCUUCUAGAAACGUGAUUAACUUGGAAUGGAAUUUGAUUUGGGCGUUUAACAAGAAGGUUAUCGAUCCAGUCGCUCCUAGACAUACCGCUAUUAUCAACCCAGUUAAAAUGCACAUCGAGGGUGCUUCUGAAAUUCCUGAUGUGCAAAUGAGACCUAAGCACAAAAAGAACCCAGCGGUGGGCGAGAAGAAGGUCAUCUACUAUUCUGAGGUUCUCAUCGAUCAAGAAGACGCUGACAUGAUUCAAGAUGGCGAAGAGCUGACUUUGAUGGACUGGGGUAACGUUAUUGUUACCGGUAAAAAUGCAGAUGGUUCUUUGAAUGCUAAGCUGCACUUGGAAGGUGAUUUCAAGAAGACAAAGCUAAAGUUGACCUGGUUGGCUGACACCAAGGACAAGGUGGAGGUUGACUUGGUUGACUUUGACCACUUGAUUACGAAGGACAAGUUGGAAGAGGGAGAAGACUUUGCUGACUUCUUGACCCCUCAAACUGAAUUUCAUGCUGCAGCCAUUGCGGACUUGAACGUCAAGGACAUGAAAAAGGGUGACAUUGUUCAAUUUGAGAGAAAGGGUUACUACAGAUUGGAUUCUCCAGCCUCCGGCGACAAACCUUAUGUGUUUUUCGGAAUUCCUGACGGUAAGUCCGUGAACAAAUACGGUGCUAAGAAAUAA